CAACAGUGUGUACCUGGCUUUGCGUUUUACGAGUGCCGCUUCAAAACAAGCCACCUUUCAAAUAGAUUGUAUACCUUGCCUCAACUCUCGAUUAAACUCUUACUUAUGGAGGACCUGAAGAAAAAACUAGAGUCGUGUCUUCUUAUACUAAACAAUGGUGUUGAAGCCACUAGUUUUAGAAAUAUGAACUGGCUGAAUGAUUUCUGUGCGGCUCUAUUGGAAUUUUCAUCUGCUGUCCACAAAUCUUUAAGCGAUCGGAAGCAGAACGACAAAGGUCACGAGUCCGCAGAAUUGGUUUGUCUUUGCCUAACUCAGAUUAUGGUGUGUGUGCGGCAGGUAGAGUGCACAAUGAAACUGGCGUCUGGCUCUGCAGUUUCGGCGAGCCACGUUUAUUUCUUCGAUCGCAUACGCUGGUGCCUGCAACGCCUGUUGCAUCUUUAUUCGAGUGAAGAGUCUAUAGAUGAUGGUCAGGGUCGCUCCUUCCUCAAGUUGCUAGACUCCACGUUGGACACGUUAGCUCUGUUCAGUUCAAACAAUGAGGAAAACAGUGAUUUGAUGAACUUUCCGAAUACACCUGCAGAAAUCCUGGCCCUAAGCGCACAGCUGCGCAUUAACAUCGAUUUGCUAUUGGGCCAGACAUUGGGGUUCGCGAAUGUGGCCCUGCAGCAGGAUAAAAGGGCACUAAGUGCCCUGUGCCAGAAGGUAAUUCGCGAGCUCAGCGCAUUUCAAAAUGAAUGCAAAGUCCGGAACUCGUCGAGCUCCAAUCUCAAACUUAAGGCCAUGACACUGGAACAGGCGCUUUAUCAGCUAGAAGAUUUCAUCAAUGAUGCCUUGCUGCGUUUGGUGUUCACCUGCUUUUUGGAUUUUCAAAAGUUCUCGGUGGACAAGAUACGAACCCUUUUGAGGAGCAGUUCGGAUGAUGAAGCUAUAGCUGAUGAAUUCAUUGCCGAUUUCGAUGUGAAUAUCGAUCGAGCCACCCAGAUUGGUAUUUUUGCAAUUGCCUUUGCCCCCAACUUGAAAAUGAAAACGAUGAUGCGCAGCUGUCUGGCUUCCUUUGAGUCGUUGGACACUAGCCUGAUACCUUCCCUGCAGGCCAUCGGUUCCGACCUGCACUCGGAGGUUUUGGAACAACACUUCGACGAGGAAGUGUCCAAGUUUAAGGCUGCGCUACAGGAGAUUAUUGACAGUCGCGCGUUUCUUGGCUGUUGCUUGGAGAUCCUCACGGCAGGCAUUAGUGUGGCCGAGAAGCACUACGAAAAGGGCGCAUUGGAGGACUUGCUGCAAAUGGCUCUGUUCGUGCUGGAGCAUUUUCAAGUGGAAGUCAAUCGAACGGUUUUGGCUGAAACGAAGCUUCAGAUCGGGCAGGAGUACUUGCAGCAGUUCAUACAAAUAAUACGCGAGUGCAAAGCCAUACUGAUGUGUGCGUCCCAGGUGGAGCAGAAACGUAUCAUCAAGCGCUUCAAGAUACUGCGGACGGUUUUGCGCAAGCUACAUGGCUGUAUCGGAGCUUCAAGUCAUCGUGAAGAAGGACCGAACUCCUUGGAAUCUCAUUUGAUGGACGAAACCCAAGCAGAGCUGAUUGAAACCAGCUUUUCGGGUAUUGCGACGACCCAAUGCAGCAUCCUCUACGACACAGUGCGUAGGAGGAGAUUGGCUAGAGCCCCCGAGACAAAGCCUAAGGAACGUAAUCAGCAAAAUCUAAAGUCAGUUAACUAUAGUGUGCGGCGCCGGGAAAGUCUGCGCACUGUGAUGUUUAAGCGACAAAAUAUGGCGGAAAGCAAAAGAAUGUAUACCACAAUCAGUAACCAAUCUACAAACCUACAGAUAACAGAUAUACUCGAACAACUUACUGGAAUGUCAACGGGUGUCUUUCAAUGCUGACUGCGCGCAUCUUCCAUUAUCAGAUUGUAAAUAACUAAAAAUAGUUUUAAGCACUCCAUAAUCGAAGCCCCACGAUUUGAAUUAACGUACAUCAGAAGCUAAAUGCCAUUGGGCAGGUGCGACAAGUACAGGGAGACAUACACACGCAGAUAUGUAUGGUAUUUUGGUGGUGGAGAGUGUGUUAAGAGAAACAGUUCUUUGGCUUUUCCAAAAAUAAAGCAAUACAUUAAG